UAAAAGUUCAAAGUCAUCAAGAAUAAAAGAGACCAAAGCACAUUGAGCCAAAUUUAAGACGACUCAGCUUUAAAUCGCCAAGUCGUUGGAUGGAGUUCAAGGAGUUGGGGCUUGCUAACUAGCUACAAGAGAUGCAAGGAAAAGCUGCUUCUCUCUUGCUGUAGGAAUCUCAGGCUGAGCCAAGAACGAGAGGAGCCGCCUGAUACGAAGUAUGUCUCAGGAAGGCAGUUACGGGAGGUGGACCAUAUCCAGCAGUGAUGAAAGUGAAGAUGAAAAGCCCAAACCUGACAAGCCAUCGACUUCUUCUGUCCCCCAGGCUGAGCAGGGAGCAGGCAAAGAGCCCACAUACACCUGUUCUGAGGCUCGCAGAGCCGCACACAAGAGGCAGAUGUCACCUGUGAAAUUCAGCAACACAGAGUCAGGGCUGCCCAAGAAACAGAAGACUGGUUCCCAGGAAGAACUUGGCUGGUGCCUGUCCAGCAGCGAUGAUGAGCUGCUGCCAGAGACUCGGCAGGAGGGGCCUGAACGUGUGGUGGUCAAAGAGGAAAAGGUGGUCUCCUUGCCCGACACGAGUAGUACCCAGAGAGCUGCAGAUUGUGACCCUCCUGCCAGACACAGGCUGCAGGAGGAAGAUGAGUAUGAGACCUCAGGGGAAGGCCAGGAUGUCUGGGACAUGCUGGAUAAAGGGAACCCAUUCCAGUUUUACCUCACUAGAGUCUCAGGGAUUAAGGCAAAGUAUAACUCCAAAGCCCUCCACAUCAAAGAUAUCUUAUCUCCUCUGUUUGGGACACUUGUUUCUUCAGCCCAGUUCAACUACUGCUUUGACGUGGACUGGCUUAUAAAACAGUAUCCACCAGAGUUCAGGAAGAAGCCAAUCCUGCUUGUGCAUGGCGAUAAGCGAGAGGCUAAGGCUCACUUGCAUGCCCAGGCAAAGCCCUAUGAAAACAUUUCCCUCUGUCAGGCCAAGUUGGAUAUUGCGUUUGGAACACACCACACGAAAAUGAUGCUCCUGCUGUAUGAGGAAGGCCUCCGAGUAGUCGUACACACAUCCAACCUCAUCCACGAAGACUGGCACCAGAAAACCCAAGGAAUAUGGUUGAGCCCCCUGUAUCCACGAAUUGACCAUGGAACCCACAAAUCUGGAGAGUCAAAAACACAUUUUAAAGCUGAUCUCAUCAGUUACUUGAUGGCGUAUAAUGUUCCUUCUCUCCAGGAAUGGAUAGAGACCAUCCGAGCACAUGACCUCUCUGAAACAAAUGUUUACCUUGUUGGCUCAACCCCAGGACGCUUUCAAGGAAGUCACAAAGAUAACUGGGGACAUUUCAGGCUUAGGAAGCUUCUGAGGGAAUGUGCUCCGUCUGUGCCUCAAGCCGAGGGCUGGCCUAUAGUGGGUCAGUUUUCAAGCAUUGGUUCGCUGGGGGCCGAUGAAUCAAAAUGGCUGUGCUCUGAGUUUAAAGGGAGCUUGCUGGGGCAGGGCGAGGAAGGCAAGACUCCAGGAAAGACUGCCGCUCCUCUUCAUCUGAUCUAUCCUUCUGUGGAAAAUGUGCGGACCAGCUUAGAAGGAUAUCCUGCUGGGGGCUCCCUUCCCUAUGGCAUCCAGACAGCUGAAAAACAGACUUGGCUACAUUCCUACUUUCACAAGUGGUCAGCUGAGACAUCUGGCCGCAGCAAUGCCAUGCCACAUAUUAAGACAUAUAUGAGGCCCUCUCCAGACUUCAGUAAAAUUGCCUGGUUCCUCGUCACAAGCGCAAAUCUGUCCAAGGCCGCCUGGGGAGCGCUGGAGAAGAACGGCACCCAGCUGAUGAUCCGCUCCUAUGAGCUCGGCGUCCUCUUCCUCCCCUCAGCAUUUGGCCUAGACAUCUUCAAGGUGAAGCAGAAAUUCUUCUCUGGCAGCCAGGGGCCCACAGCCUCCUUUCCCGUGCCGUAUGACCUGCCUCCAGAGCUCUAUGGGAAUAAAGAUCGACCCUGGAUUUGGAACAUUCCUUAUGUCAGAGCACCAGAUACACAUGGGAACAUGUGGGUACCUUCCUAAGACUUCAAGUGCUGUGAAAGUUGCGUGUGAGACACUGAGCCCCAAACACUGACUGUUCUUGUCUAUACUGUACCAGCUCUUACAGUCUUUUUUUCACCCCUGCACAACUCCCAUCAGUGGUCACUUCUGUGAAUGUUGACCACUGAUGGUCAUUGUCAACAUUCUCACCAAAAUAAGAAGUGUUAUUUUCUUAAUUCACUUUUUUAUGCUCUUGAAAGUAAGUUAUUAAACAUCAUAACGUUAA